CCGCAUUCCCGUGGAGUAUAGUGAGGGACAAUCAGCGCUGCGCCGGUUUUUCCUAACGGCUAUGGACGUUGGCAAUGUUUUCGAUCCUGCGCACUCGAUGUUAUCUGAUCGGGGGGCUGUGGUGGUUGACAUUGAGAGCGUGCUGAGUGAGGCGAUACAAGCACAGGGACAAACGAAUGUGCCGUUAGAGCAACUGGACGCGUGGAAUGCGUAUCUGCGCCUACUAAUAGUCCAGAAUUGCAAGGUAGGUGCAUGCUGUGUUGAUUGGUUUAUCCCAGCAAUAGGCUAG